AGCGAAGGAAGUCGAAGAAAGCAGAGGCGAAGAUGGAUAUGCACUUGGCUAAAGCGGCUCAUGCUGAAGACAAGCUAAUGACUAAGCAAUCUCAUUACCACGUUGGUCAUGGUCCACAUGUGCCUCAACACGGUCCUAUACCGGCUCCAGCGCCGGUCAUGGGGCAUGAUUACGGGCAUAAUCCUACUGGAGUUAGAUCGGUGCCUCCACCGGUGUAUCCUCCGACGGGCCCUCAUCAGGCUUAUCCUCCCACGGGGCAUCAUCAGGCUUAUCCUCCCACGGGGCAUCGCGAAAUCAAACAGAAGAAUGGUGCGGAAAGGAAUCUCGUCACUGGUCGUGAUGUUGUGACCGGAAAGAUCAGAAGAGAGAUAGCUACUAUGAAGUUGAUUAAGCACCCAAAUCUUGUUCAAUUGUAUGAGCUGAUGGCAAGCAAGACGAAAAUAUUUAUCAUCUUGGAGUAUGUUACAGAAGGAGAACUCUCUGAUAAGAUUGUAAAUGAGGGGCGGAUGAAAGAAAAUGAGGCGCGGAGAUAUUUCCAACAGCUUAUACAUGCUGUGGACUACUGUCAUAGCAGAGGUGUCUACCAUAGAGACCUUAACGAUGAUGGACUCCUUCAUACAUCGUGUGGAACUCCGAACUACGUUGCUCCUGAGGUUCUCAAUGAUAGAGGCUAUGAUGGAGCAACAGCGGACAUGUGGUCAUGCGGUGUUAUACUCUAUCUCCUGCUUGCAGAUUUCAAUUGUCCUCCGUGGCUCUCACUCGGCGCCAUGAAACUCAUCACUCGAAUCUUAGAUCCAAACCUGAUGACCCGUGUAACACCGCAAGAGGUCUUCGAAGGUGAAUGGUUCAAGAAAGAUUACAAGCCUCCAGUUUUCGAGGAGAAAGAUUAUUCAAACAUGGAUGAUAUUGAUGCUGUUUUCAAGGACUCUGAGGAACAUCUUGUUACUGAGAAGAAAGAAGAACAGCCAGCGGCAAUCAACGCUUUUGAGAUCAUCUGUUUGAUCCAGAACAGGAUAACACUAAGAGGAGGCGCGAAUGAGAUCAUCGAGAAGAUAGAAGAAGCUGCAAAGCCUCUCGGUUUUGAUGUGCAAAAGAAGAACUACAAGAUGAGGCUUGAGAAUGUGAAGGCUGGGAGAAAAGGGCAUCUCAAUGUAGCGACAGAGAUAUUCCAAGUAGCACCAAGUCUUCAUAUGGUUCAAGUAUCGAAGUUGAAAGAAGACACUCUCGAAUUCCACAAGUUUUAUAAGAAGCUCUCUAAUUCUCUUGAGCAAGUAGUCUGGGCAAACAACAAAGUUAAGAAAGAAACAGUAAAAUUGAAAUUAUCACUGUUAACGAGUCUUGGAGGAGCGUUACUUCAGAUCACAGAAGAAGAAGAAGACGAACAACAAGUUUCAGAUAUGGCGUCGUCUAUAGUCUCUGAUCUUCCUCAUCAACGUGGAAUUGCAGGUGAAAUCAAAUCGAAGAAUGUUGCAGGACAUGGAAGACAAAACCGAAAAUGUAGGAAGCACAAAGAUCUUUACAUGUGGAUGGUGAAGUCCCCUGGUGGACCUUCCGUUAAGUUCUUGGUUAAUGCUGCUCACACAAUGGAAUCAUCUGAAAGGUUCACGCCCACUUUCGACAUUCUCAUCCAAUUUUGAAAAAGAUGCACAGUGGAAACUUCUUAAAGAGAUGUUAACUCAGGUUAUUCCUAUUUCCAUUCUCACUUUUGAAUUGUGGAUGAUCCUUUUGUAGUCGCGGUUAGUUUGGUUUAUAUCUUGAACUUUUAACAUUUUAAUGAAUUUUGUUUUUUGCU